UUGUUUUCGUUAAAGAUUAGCUCUAUACUACAUAAUACCCUUGGUCGUUAUCAAAUUAAAAGACCUCACUCAGCUAUAAUAAAUUGUCACUCAAACGCAUCUGUCAGUAAGUUUUCAGCGUCCGUGGUACGACGAGCAAAGCACAGAAGUAUACGGAGUGCUAGUAAGUUACAGUGAUGCUCAAUAGCAUAAUGUUUCUAUGCAUUAAAAACAGACUUUAGACAACAUAUUUGUAAUAUGCCAUUGAAAAAUGUUAGUGGAUGGCAACUCUGAACUAAUGACAAAUAAAUUGUGGGUGGCAUGUUUGAUAAGGACUGUACAUAUUACUUAUAAUCGUGUUGUUACUUUAUUGCAGUAGUUAAAAUUACGUACAAUUGAAGAUACUAUGGCACCAAAAGUUUCAUUACUUGAUGACACAAGAUUGGUAAUUGGAGAAGGACCUCACUGGGAUGCUGAGGGCCAAGUCCUAUAUUACGUUGAUAUUUUGGAUUCUACUGUUUUGAAAUAUGAUUCACGUUCUAAUAAAAUUACACGUGCAGUUGUAGAUAAAAAGGAUAAAACUACUGUGACGUUUAUAUUGCCAAUUGCCAACACCACUGAUAAAUUCCUAAUUGGUUAUGGUUCUAAGGUUGCUGUUUUAACUUGGGAUGGUGUAAGUUCCGAACCUCAAAAUAUUGAAAUUCUAGAUGAGGAAGAAGAUGCCUCACAUACUGGUAAUCGUUUCAAUGAUGCUAAGGUCGAUCCUGAAGGUCGCGUGUGGCUUGGAACAAUGGGUCCGUUACAAGGGCCUGAUAAAGUAGUAAAAAAUUCAGGAGCACUCUACUCACUUACUGAUAAUGGCAAAUUGGUUAAACAUGUUACUGAUAUUGGUAUUAGUAAUGGAUUAACAUGGAGUCCUGAUAAAAAAAUAUUUUAUUACAUUGAUAGCAUUGCUGGAAGUAUCGAUAGUUUCGACUAUGAUGCCAAAGUUGGCAAGAUAGAUAAUCGAAAGGUAGUAUUCGAUCUUAAGAAGAAUAACGUAAAGGGUUUACCUGAUGGCAUGACUAUUGACACUGAAGGAAAAUUAUGGCUCGCAACUUAUAAUGGUAAUGCAAUAUAUAGAAUUGAUCCUAUUACAAGCGAAAUUCUUCAACGUGUAGAAUUACCAGCAUCACAGAUUACUUCAGUCACUUUUGGAGGAAGCAAUUUGGAUGAGCUCUAUGUUACUAGUGGCAGUAUAGAUGAACCAAAAGGUGUUCCCCAUGUAGGAAGGGUAUUCAAAAUUACAGAUCUGGGUGUUACUGGUUAUCCUGGAGUACCAGCAAAAUUAAAGCUUCCUUAAAUUAAUCUAGAAGUAUCUUAUGUACUUGUUUUUGUCAAGUAUACAAUAAUUAUUAUUUGUACAAAUUGAAUUUGUAAUAGUAAAUAUGUCAAAUCGAUAAGCAACGUUCA